GGGCAGUCGACAAUGCCUAGCGUCGUAAGCGGCGUCAAUGGUGUCGCGCAAAGCUACGAUUACCCUGAAACAACGCCGGACGGACCGUAUCGGGUGUUGGAUCAAUAUCACAGCAAGCCCAGAAGAUUGCGAGUAGCAUGCGUUGGCGCUGGUGCUUCAGGCUUAUGCUUAGCAUACAAGAUGAACAAGAUGCUUGAACCUGGAUCGUGGGAGUUGACGCUUUUUGACAAGAACAAGCAUUUUGGAGGCACUUGGCUAGAGAACACAUAUCCAGGCGUUGCUUGCGACAUCCCGAGCCACAACUAUACCUUCACGUGGGACCCGAAUCCAGAUUGGUCGCACUUCUUUGCGUAUGGCCCAGAGAUCCAACAGUACUUUGAGAACUUUGCGAAGAGACAUGGAAGUGAGAGAUACAUGAAGCUGAACACCAAGGUGGUCGAAUGUCGGUGGGAUGAAGAGCAAGGUGUUUGGAACAUCACACUCGAAGACCAGACAUCCAAAGAGACAUGGCAAGACUGGGCACACGUGGUUGUCAACGGCACUGGUAUUCUUAAUAACUGGCAAUGGCCAGACAUCCCGGGUAUCCACGACUUUGCAGGUCCAAAGAUGCACAGCGCCAGCUGGGACCAUAGCGUCGACCUCGAUGGCAAGACGAUUGGCGUAAUCGGAAACGGCUCCAGUUCCGUACAAAUUGUCCCUCAACUCCAAAAGAUUGCGAAGAACCUCCAAGUAUACAUCCGCUCCUCGACGUGGAUCAGUCCUCCCUUCGGCGCAGGAGCUUUAACGACAGUUCACAAAGGCAAGGAUGUUGACCCAGGCCAAAGACAAUAUGAAUUCACAGAAGAAGACCGAAAGAAGUUCCGAGAAGACCCAGAGUUCCAUCUCCAAUUCCGGAAAGGCAUUGAAGCUGAGAUCAACGGCCUGUUCGGUAUGUAUAAGCAAGGUUCUGAGUUGUCGAAUACUUUCCGGAAAGUCAUCACAGAAGAAAUGAAUAGGCGUAUGGGGCCUGGUCAUCAAGAGCUGAAGGACUUCAUCAUACCAAGCUGGUCGCCCGGGUGUCGCAGGAUCUCGCCUGGUGAUGGCUAUCUUGAAGCCUUGGUCCAGGAUAAUGUCGAGCCAGUACUGGUAGAAAUUGAGAAAGUGACUCCAAACGGAAUCCUGACCAAGGACGGGGUUGAGCAUAAAAUGGACGUGCUGGUCUGCGCGACAGGCUUCAAAGUCGCUUUCCAGCCUGCUUUUAAGGUGAUCAACGCUGCCGGCAAAAGUGUCCAGGAAGAUUGGGAAGAACGAGGCGGUGUCAACCUCUACCUGGGAGUCUCAGCUCCGCGCUUCCCUAACUUCUAUGUGAUUGUAGGGCCCGGCGCAACUUGGAGCAAUGGCACUUUGCUACCGUCCAUUGAGACAACGAUUGAGUAUUCGGUCAAGAUGAUGAAGAAGAUCCAAACGGAACACAUCAAGGCGAUAGACGUUCAGCAAGAGGCUCUUGACGAUAUUUACGCUCAUUUUGAUGAGUUUCAUAAAGAAACGGUCUGGCAGGAAGAAUGUCGGAGUUGGUUUAAGGAUGGCAAGAUCAAGAACCGAAUCUACCUCUGGCCGGGAAGCACGAUACACUUCCUUAAAACGAUUAAAGAGCCCAGAAUGGAGGACUACAAUAUUCGCUGGCGAUACAAAAACAGAUUUGCCUUCUUAGGCAACGGAGAUGUCAAGGCGACUGCGAGUCGAGAUGUCGCUGGACUGAGCACUUAUAUGCGGAACAGCGAUCAUGAGUGGACUGUCGACUGAGCAUUUUGAUGACGAUGCAGGCUAGAGCAGUGGGACCAGCCAGCGUCAUCUUUGAUUCAAGUGCAAGAUUGUCGAUCCCAAGUAGUGGGUGACGGCCCAGCCAUGGCCACAUCAUUGCGAUGUAGACGUGUUCAACCUCAGCCAUUUAUAAUGCCGCCCAUGGGCGGAGAAUGAUAAUUGUUGGGUGCUUGACGGCCUCGGGGUGGAUAGCCAUCCAGAUCUGUACUGACGUCCGCAGCUGAUCCAGCAUGCCACCUUGACCAAUCCUCCGCGGAUGGCAGGCCAUGAAGGAAUUCGAUAUUGCCAAUUUCACGUUCAGAUAGUGCAGGCAGGUCUCCUAGAUUCGGGACCGGCCCAAAGCCAUGGUUGCUGAAGUCCGGAGAGAUCAUCCAGUCGUGCUCAACACCAGAGAUGGGCAUAUGAGCGGGUGCUGACGUUAAAGGGCGGUGUUGCGGGUCGAGGGGUUGCAUUGGUGGCCAAGGUGGCGCCUCGCUCUGCGGCGUGACUAUAACGUAGGACGAUGGAUCAAUAAUUGGUGCUUGUUGCGAUAUAUGGCUCCCUUCAGAAGCAGCAUCGCUAGCACGGUGGUUUCGUUGUGGCGUAGGCGGCGGCAUUGCUGUCUUUGCUAG